GCGCGCAAGCCCGUUGAGUUUUCCUGUGUAGAGUCUCCGAGGGCCACCCCGGCAUAUUGGUGCCAUGGACCCGUUCCUGGUGCUGCUGCAUUCGCUGUCCGGCAGCCUGUCGAACAGCGAUCUGAUGGAACUAAAGUUCCUUUGCCGCGGGCGCGUGGGCAAACGAAAGCUGGAACGCGUGCAGAGUGGCCUGGACCUGUUCUCGGUGCUGCUGGAGCAGAACGACGUGGAGCGCACGCGCACUGGGCUGCUGCGCGAGUUGCUGACCUCGUUGCGGAGACAGGACCUACUGCAACGCCUGGACGACUUCGAGGCGGGGGUGGCGGCCUCUGCCGCGCCGGGGGAGGCAGAUCUGCGGGUGGCAUUUGACAUCGUGUGUGACAAUGUGGGGAGAGACUGGAAGAGACUGGCCCGCUUUCUAAACUUGUCUGAGGUCAAGAUUGAUGCGAUUGAGGAGAGAUACCCCCGAAGCCUGAACGAGCAAGUAAGGGAGACUCUGAGGGUCUGGAGGAAUACCGAAAGGGAGAAAGCCACGGUGGCUGGGCUGGUAAGGGCGCUGCGGGCCUGCCAGCUGAACCUGGUGGCUGACCUGGUAGAAGAAGCACCGCAGGUCCAGGGAUCUGUAAGUGGGAGCGAGGAUGUGUCCUCGAUGCUAUGGGACUCAAUGGUGUUUUCCUCAGAAGCACCCUGACAAGCCUGCGGCUCCUCUGAGGAGUCACUGUGGACCUGAUACACCAUGAUGUAGCACCAAGUGCCUUUUGUGCUCAGUUCCAAGAAGACCUCACUGAUCCAGGCUGGAGGCCCCUCUCACUCAGCUUGAACCAGCUCCUGAAGUAAAGCUAUAUCUCUAGAGCCUCUGCUUCCUGGGCUUUGGGGACACAUGACCGUUCCCCUUACUGUUCUCCUCCCCCUGAGAGAGGUCCCUGAUAUUACAAGGAGGAAGUUGGAACUAAUGGCACAUGUUCUACAGUUUGAGAGACUUCCUUUUGCUCCUUGGGGGAAGACACCAACUCAGCUCAGAGCACUUGGCUGUCCCCACGGUUGGCCAAGAGGACAUCUGUCCCAUUUCCUUGGAGGCCAUCAGAGAGCAGCUCCUGACCACUAAACAAGUGGUACUUUCAGGAGCCUAGCACCUCAGCUCCUGCAAGGACUGAUUGUAGAGUUCACUGUCUACCAAAAUCACUGCUUCUGUGAGGGACUGUGGUUUAAAGGGCAGCACCUCUGCUUCCACUGCGGUCUUUAAACAAGUGCCCUCUGCCUACAUGUAGUGGCUCACUCUGAAAUCCCAGCACUUGAGAGUUGAGAACUGCUGUGCUGCCCAGCAACGUAGGCUACAAAUGAGACCACACGAAAACAAAGCAGGUGCCAUUACCUGGAGAUAACCUGUGUCGCCAAGAAUAUCCAUUACGUUAAGGACCCUUCAGGUCUUAACAGCCUUACAGCCCUAGGUGCUAGCUGUAAAAGGGUGCUGGGAUUUCCUGGUUUGCUUUACACCAGCAGGGGGCCCCAACGACCACAGUGGGCAGCCAAAUACACUGUGCCUUGUCCUAGCUUUCCAACCUACAGCAGGGCAUAAAUAUGCAUACCUUUGAUCCUAGCACACAGGGAGGUAGAAGCAGGUAGAUCUCUCUGAUCUGUGAGUUUGAGGCCAGCCUAGCCUACAUAGCAAGCUACAGGCCAGCUGAGACUACCUAUCUCAAAUAAAAGUUUGAAUCUCGAGAAGAGGAUCCUAAUCACAGGGUUCACCUGACAAAAUGAAGAGCUGCCUGGGGCCUGUGCUCAAACAUUGAUCAACAUUUCCUGGCACUGAGGUUCUGUUCCCUUCAUUUCCUUCCCUCUGCUCUACCUACCCCACCAGAGAGCUGAUCCCUCAGCAUACUUGGUCCCUUGGCCCCUGCAUUCCUUGGGUUGCACCCUCCCCAGCCUCAAAGCUAUCGUGCUUCUCAGCCCAGCACCUAUCUAUCUGGCUCUUCUGCCUUGUUCAAACUCUUGGCUAUUGAGGCCUCCUGACCACUCUGGGGACUCAUCUUGGUUUUUUUUGACCCCAUGUCCCACCUGGCUACAGCUACAAUGCUCUUAUCCUGGGGGCCCAGAAUAGGUGUAAGCCUGUCCGAGGUCUGCUGUGGUCCUCUCUAGGAACUCUCCCCGUUUUGGGUGAUUUUGGUUUGCUUUCAGAUGGUUUCAUGUAACCCAGAUACAACCUAGGUUGGCCUCAGGCUCACAGUGUAACCGAAGUGACCUUGAACUCCUUUCUGAUCAUCUUGCCUCUGCUUCACAACCUCACCCAGGCCCACCCAGUAGCCCACACUCUACUGUAGGAAGCCUGGGCAACUCUGCUAUGACUCUUGCUGGUGCCUUUCAAGUGUCCUGUGUCAAGUCAUAGGUCGACGGACUUAGAUGUCACAUUUUUUAGUGCAGUUCAACUAUCCAAAAUGGCUCUCCAGAAUGUUCCAUGGCUUUUAGAGCCCCUUCAUCGUGUCACUUGCUGCAUUCCUUUCUUCCAGUAACAGUUUAGUAUUAGGCCUCAGAGUUGCUGCUUUUGGGCCACCAGAGAAAUUUAUCCCUUUGUACAGAGUUCCUUCAGCCAUGUUGGGGGAUUAAAACAUGGGCAUCAUCAGAGUCAGCACCCCACAAAACUCUCCAACUUGUGCCCAGUUUUGCCCUGGACACCUCAGCACAAAUACCCUGUCCCUCUCCUAAUAAUGGCCAUUCAAAACCCUGCACCUCACAGGUGACUCCUUGUCCACUUUGCCUGCCCUUCCUUCCUCAGCUUCCAUCAGGGCUUUGGCUCCUGCCCAUCCCCCACGAGGGGCUGGAACCACAGACCCGCCUGUUCCUAGAAGCCAGCAGCCCUGCAUAUUUUUAGCUUCCUAUUUUUGAAUUCUAUAAUCAUUUCUGAGUCAUCCAGCUGACUGCCGUCUGGUCACAAGGUCCCAGUGUGGACUGUUUCAAACCAGACUGUGGAACGUGAUGUGAUGGAAUGUGUGACGUUUCCACCAGGGACCAUGGCCCUCCAGGAGCUGAUGCAAAGGCCGUACUGGUUUACUGGAAGAUGUGGGCUAAGAAGCCCACAGAAUCUUGAGUCAUGUGCUGAGUGGAGGCUGGCCUGAGGGAUAUCUAAUAACCAUGGGACUCAUUGUCACCAAGGCUUUGCCAAGCCAAGGCUAAGCAACAGGACUGUGUGGCUAGAAUAGGACAGUAUGGUGGCCAGCCUGAGUGAGAGAUGAGGUAUAGUCCCUGUUGAUCAAAAUAAGGUGAGAAUGCUGGCUCACACCUGUAGUCCCAACACUGGAGGCUGAGGCAGGAGAAUCGCUGUAUUUUAAGACCAUCCUGGGCUAAGCAGACUACCUCAAACAAAAAGGCAAGUGUGUUUGUUGUGUUUUACAGACCUGUUAUCUCAACCUGUGGGAGGAUCAGUUCAAGGCAGUGUCUGUUACUGAGUCCAAAUCCAGCCUAAACCACAUGAGACCCUGUCUCAACAACAACCCACUGCCAAAAAUAGCACACUACAUAUUUAGGUAGGAACAGGACUCCUGUAAAGAGUAGAAGGUAGUCCCUGUGCUUACUGGUGACUGCAGCAGGUCAACACCACCACCUCAAGUCCCUGAAUUUAGUGAUAGGUGUAGUUAGAUGGGCCUGUUGUGUGUUUUCCCAGGUAAUUGUUGCACACCUAAAUGCAUUGCUAAUUUGAGUUCUAUUUGGCAGGCUUCUUGUUUAUUGGUAGUCACAGGAGAUGAAUCUGUCCUGUUUUGCUCGUGGCAGAGCUCUGCUGUUAGUGAAAGCCUGGGAAAAUGGCAUUUUUUCCAAUGGGUCUCCUGGCUGGAGGCAUCAGGACACAGCCAGUGUCCUCAGAUGAGGUCGUCACACAUCUAUCACAUUCCUGCCCCAUACUCAGAGCUAAGACCCAGCUCAUACACCUGAUGGCAGCCAGCUGGACCCCGGCUGGCCUUGUCCCUACCAUCCUUGUGGCCUUGAGGGGUCAGUUCAAGCCCAAGGCAGUGAAAGGCACAUACAAAGAUGCUGAGGUUUCUUUUCACCAGAAGGUCAACUUGAGCAGGGACACCAAGGCCAAGCAUGUCCAAUGGUGCUGUGCCCAUCCAUGAUUCCCCUACAGCCCUGGCCUGGGACAUUAGGGAGAUUCUCCCCACUUGCCAAAUUACUCAAGCCUCCUGGGGAUGGAACUCCCCAAGCAAAUUAAUUGCUGCUUGCACACACUAAUGCUUUAACAAGCCCCCAGACCUCAGCACAACUGAGGCCAUGAUGGAGUACCAUUCAGGCCAUAAAACUCAGGACAUAAACAGUACCACCUGGCAAAAUGAAAACAAAGACCCAAUCCAUCAAAGUCCAUAGUUCUUGGAAAGUUUCUAAAUGCACUAACCUUGCUUUUUGGCAUCUGUAGUUCCACUUCUGGCUAACUGUUCUUGUUAAGUAUGUCAACCCAGGAUAGAGGUUUUUAAAAGCUCACCCUAAAAAGGCUCAGAGCUACUCUGGGAUCCCAAACACCCAGUGUAGUCACUGGCAGGGUAUUAAAGACUUUCUGUUGGCAUAAACCAGUGUCUAAGUCCUCUUUGAGACCCACACCUAGCAGCCUUAGCUUCCUAUUGUUCUGGCCCACCUUCUCAGGACCGCUGUGUCACUUGGUACACUGUACAUUUUUUAAGACUACAGGCAAGCCAGUUGUGUAUAAUCCAACACUCAGGAAGUUGAAACAAGCAAUCUAGACAGCCUGGGGUGUGUGGUGAGAUCCUGUGUGUGGUUCAGCACCUGUGAUCUCAGCACCUGGUAAGCUGAGACAGAAUUGCUACAAGUUGAAAGCCAGAAAGACCCUCUCUCAAAAAAAAAAAAAAAAAAAAAAAAAAAAAAACAACUAGUUGGCAAAUAAGGGUUUGGCUAUACCUCAUUACUGACCUUGUCUAGCAUACGCAAAUCCCAUGUUACAGUCCCAGCACCACAUAAAUCAGGCAUGGCUUCUCAUGGGCCACAGACUACUCUUCUGCCUAGCCCCCUGCAUUGAGGGAGCAUGCUGACGCCACGCCAGCUCCAGGGGAGCACUGUACCGAAGCCAUGCUCCUCCUAGGAGGCCUCCAGACAAUCUACCCCACCCAAGCCAGGAUGAACUUUCACUGACUGGCCAUCUUCAACCCUUGGAACUCAGUGGGAAGUCGGUGACUAGAAACUGCUGUGAUUGGUGUGGAUACAAUCCUCCGUUUGCAUGCCACGCCGUUUCCACAGCGCCCUUCACUGCUGCUUGGUGUUGCAACAUUAGGCCCGAUAAAAGGCUGUUCCCAAGAAGCAGAAGCAGCCAUUGCUUCACAGCAGUAUUUUAGAAGCAAGAGGCUCAUCACUGCCGGUUCCUGGGAGCUGCUAGCCCUUGAAAGAUGUGGGCACCCAGAGCUCAGGAGCUAUGCAGCGCAGCCACUGCUGCUGCUGCUGUUGCUGGCUGUAAGCCUGUGACCUAUGUCCCUGAAAGGCAUGUUCAACUGGCAGCCAUGGGGCGUAUGCUAAGAUUUAUUACUAUGUAUAUGGGCAUUUUUGUCAUAGUGCAGCAGGCAGUGGUUAGGGGACAACUUGAUGGAACUGAUUCUCUUUUUCUGUUUGUUUUGUUUUGUUUUGUUUUCUUGUAUGUUCUGGGGAUAGCACUCAGGUUGCUGGACUUGCACAGCAAACACCUUUACCUGCUGAGCCAUCUUACCUGCCCUGAGGGGGUGGGGUUUGGCAACCUGAUUACAACUCUGAAGUGAACUUUGGAGAUAACAUCUUCCCUGGAUGUCUGAAGGUUGGACACUCCGCCCCCACCCCAAGCCAUCAGUCUCGGGGCCUGUAGUCAUCUCUGUCUAGUUCCCAGGGCUUGGAGAUAUAAGCCUGUCUCUGGUAGCACUGUCCUAGCCUUCAGCCCUCUGGGCUCAGGACUACCAACAUCAAAAGGACUGCCCUCACCUCCUGAUAGUUCCAUACAACAGCCUUCUGGCUGUUACAUCUGGUGCGGAGAUUGUGUUUGUGCCCUUCAAGUACCUCUCCUGCUUCAGGCUGGGCUGCAGGGAGCAAGAGGGGACUUAGAGACAGUGACAAACACCAGGGUAGCUAUGGGGAUGGUGGUGGGAGGAGGGCUUGUGUAGUGUGCAGUGGCAGCAGCAGGGGGCAAUCUAGAGAGCCUUACAGGCUUGACACAGGGGAGGGGCCACAGAAGGAAUGCUGGGCUGGUGAUCCUGGGUUCUUCAAGGAAGCAGGCUGAACAAGCCACAGAGAGCAAGCCAGUAAGCAGCACCCCUUGUGGCCUCCAGGUUUCUGCCCUGUUUGAGUUCCGGUCCUGACUUCCUUCCAUAGUAAUGGACUAUGAUCUGGAAGUGUGAGCCCAAUAAACCCUUUCCUCUCCAACU